AUGCCCAGAGUAGACUCAGAUACGUUUGUUCGUCUACAAAACGAUCCUUCAUGUAUAAGAAACAUCUGUAUUGUGGCUCACGUUGAUCAUGGUAAGACUUCCCUGUCAGAUUCUUUGCUGGCAUCGAAUGGGAUAAUAUCGCAGAGAUUAGCGGGAAAGAUCAGAUACCUCGACUCAAGGCCAGAUGAGCAACUGCGAGGAAUUACAAUGGAAUCUUCAGCCAUUUCUCUUUAUUUCAGAGUGUUGCAUAAGCAAGAAAAUUCUGAGGAGCCCAUUGUGAAUGAGCAUCUGAUCAAUUUGAUCGAUUCUCCCGGUCAUAUCGAUUUCUCCAGUGAAGUGAGUGCUGCGUCCAAGUUAUGUGAUGGUGCCGUUGUUCUAGUGGAUGUUGUUGAAGGUGUUUGCUCUCAAACGGUGACCGUCUUAAGGCAAUGUUGGACUGAAAAGCUAAAACCUGUGUUGGUUUUGAACAAAAUCGAUAGAUUGAUUACAGAAUUACAACUCACACCUCAGGAAGCCUACCUUCAUCUAUCAAGGGUCAUCGAACAGGCAAACUCUAUCAUUGGAUCCUUCUUCGCUGGACAAAGACAGUUGGAUGACUAUUCUUGGAGAGAAGAACUGGAGAAGGAUAAGGACGCACAGUUUGUUGAAAAGGAUGAUUCAGGUAUCUACUUCAGUCCGGUAGACAAUAACGUUAUCUUUGCUUCAGCCGUUGAUGGUUGGGGCUUUAAUAUAAGUCAAAUGGCAAAAUUCUAUGAACAAAAAUUAGGAGCCAAGAGAGAAAACCUACAAAAAGUCUUGUGGGGUGAUUUCUACCUCGAUCCCAAGUCUAAGAAAAUUAUCAAUCAAAAGGGAUUGAAAAAUAGACCGUUAAAGCCACUUUUUGUUUCAUUAAUAUUGGAAAAUAUAUGGAAAAUUUACGAAAACGUUAUUAUGUCUAAGAACGUUGAAAUCAUCGAAAAGAUAACGAAGACUCUUAAUAUAAACGUCUUGCCACGCGAUCUUCGAUCGAAAGAUGAUAAGCAGCUACUGAGAAAGAUAAUGAGCCAGUGGCUUCCUGUCAGUACCGCUGUGCUUUUAACGGUGAUCGAAAAACUACCUUCGCCAUUGGAUUCUCAGGGAGAAAGACUUGAUACGAUUAUUUCUGGGGCACCUGGUGUCGAAAAGGUCGAUCAUGAGCUUUUGGAAUCCAUGAGAAGAUGUGAUAGGAACGGUAAUGUCAGUGCAUAUGUCUCAAAAAUGCUAUCCAUACCAAGAGAAGAGUUACCAAUAACUUCGGCAGAUGGCAGUCAUGAUCCACUUUUUGAGAGAGCUCAACGAGCCAGGGCCGAUGCUUUGCGAGCUGCCAAGCAAGCUGAGCUGACAGACAAGAUGAAUGCGAUGAAUAUAAAGGAUGAUAAAAAAAAUGACAACGAAGAUCUUUAUAAAAGAGCGAAGGAUACUGUAUUGACUCCCGAAAUAGGAGAUUCGAAAGAAAGCGAUUCUUUCAAGAUUGUUACUGAAAAAGCUCCCGAGUUUGACUUAGGGUUCGAAUACGAAAUGGAAGAUGACGAAGGGGGAGGAACGGCAGAUUUUGUGCCAGAAAUAGACCCAAACGAUCCUUUGAGCGCAAUGUUUGAAUACGAGGAAGAGAACCCUGUCGAGUUACCAGCGGCAAACACGGUUCCAGAAGCUCUCGAUGACAUUUUCGAUGAAGAGCAGGAGGCGAUGAUUGCUUUCGCGAGAAUAUACAGUGGUACACUCAAAGUCGGUCAAGAGAUUUCAGUCUUAGGCCCAAAAUACGAUCCUCAACAACCUGAUAAAUUUAUCGAAACAGCUACCAUCACAAGCAUUUAUCUAUUCAUGGGAAGAGAACUUGUGCCGCUCAAAGAAUGUCCUUCCGGGAACAUCGUCGGUUUGGGUGGUCUAGCAGGGAAGAUCUUAAAAAAUGGGACCCUAGUUCAGCGUGGAGUAACAGGCAUCAACUUGGCAGGUGUCAUAUUCCAAACGACUCCUAUCGUUCGUGUUGCCAUUGAACCCGCCAAUCCAAUGGAAAUGAACAAAUUAGCUCGAGGGCUGAAGCUGCUGAACCAUGCCGACCCCUGUGUGGAGACUUACGUUGAAGAUAGCGGAGAACAUAUUCUCUGUACCGCCGGUGAAUUACAUCUAGAGAGGUGUAUUAAGGAUUUGCGUGAGCGUUUUGCAGGUAUCGAAGUUACUCACUCGGAGCCAGCUAUCCCAUACCGCGAGACAUUCCUAAGCGUGGCCGAUAUGAAUCCAACCAAAAACGCAGAGGGCAAACGAGGUUCCACAACCUUGAUGCUAGGGCCCUACAAGAUAAGUUUUAGGGCAAUUCCUCUACCUUCGGCAGCCACGACCUUUUUGGAAUCUCACCAAGCUGAUGUCAGAGCUGUUGCAGAAGAUUCUUCUGAUGUGAGUGCUCGAGAAGGGUUGAAAAGCAGCCAAUUUGCUCAACAGUUGAAAGAAAUCUUGGUUGAGAGUCGGAAAGAAGUGCCAGAACUUACCAAUGACAUAGAAAAGAUCGCAGCAUUUGGUCCAAAGAGAAUUGGCCCAAAUUUGCUAAUAUCUGAGAAUGGUUUACUUGGUGGCAUCUUUUCAGCAGCUUCUGGCCAGUUCGAAUUUUCCGAUUCAGUUAUCAACGGGUUCCAAUUAGCAGUCACUGAGGGUCCUUUGGCUAAAGAACCAGUUCAAGGUAUGUGCAUUGUCGUGGAAGAUAUUUCGGAAGUAACAGAGGAAGAUAUUGCCGCUAGUGAGGACCCACAGUACCAAAGGGACCUGCUGGACGUCUCGGGUAGAUUGAUCACUUCAACGCGUGACUCCAUUCAUGAAGGAUUCCUCGAUUGGGCGCCAAGGAUGAUGUGGGCAAUGUAUUCUUGUAAUAUUCAGACUUCAGUUGAUGUACUCGGUAAAGUUUAUGCUGUUGUGCAACAAAGACGAGGAAAAAUUGUGUCCGAAGAGAUGAAGGAAGGAACUCCUUUCUUCCAAAUUGAAGCUCAUAUUCCUGUUGUGGAGGCUUUCGGUUUCAGUGAAGAUAUAAGAAAGAAGACUUCCGGUGCGGCUCAACCUCAGCUGGUAUUUGCGGGCUUCGAAUGCAUAGAUCUGGACCCAUUCUGGGUUCCUACGACUGAAGAAGAGUUAGAAGAGUUGGGUGAUACCGCUGAUAAGGAAAACAUUGCUCGUAGACAUAUGAAUAAUGUUAGAAGGCGCAAAGGUUUAUUUAUCAAUGAGAAACUCAUUGAGAACGCAGAGAAGCAAAGAACUUUGAAAAAGAAUUGA